AUGAGUUUAAUCGUACCUCAGACGUUUAUGUUUGAUUCGCAAAAUACGAGCGAUAAUGGAGAUAAAUCACCAUCGUUAAAAUCUACUUAUUCAUCCGUAACAUCCAAUCCGCAUCAGAAAUAUUCACGUUCAUCAUCGUUGAACCCUUCGCUAUACAAUCGAGCAUCACGUUUACAAGCAGGACCAUCAUUAGUCGAUCUGCCAAUCGAUACCAGCGAUGAUGAUAACGAUUUCGAUGAUAACGCAUCCGCGAGAGAUAAUUACCGUUUUGCUCCCCAGAUUAUACGUAAACGACAUUCGAGACAGAAUUCCUUCCAAGCAACUGCAAGUUAUUUUCGUCUAUCCACACGUAAAUCCGAACCUUUGGUUAUUCAAGCACCGCCACCGGGAGCUAUUUCCAUUGCCGCACGGCGAUCUUCAUUUCAAAACAAUGGUUAUCUCUCAAUUAUUGAUAAUCACGCAAUUUCAGCAGCAGCCAAUGACCACAAAGAUAUUCGCGGACAAACACUGCUGCAUCUUGCUGCUCGUCUUGGUCAUGAUGAAAUCAUGCGUCUCCUUAUAAGUGAAACAUCGCAAGCAAGCAUGCUAAUGAAUACCAAAGGACAAACACCCUUGUUAUCAGCAAUCGAAGCCGGCUCAAUAUCCACAGCAACUCUACUCAUGGAAUCUGAUCCCAGAUCAAUUGUUGCCAGUGAUAAUAACGGUUCGAGCGUAUUUCAUUAUGCUUGUGAGCAUUGUAACGAUGUUGUCUUGAAUCGUGCUAUUGCUCUAUCGAAACGAUUGAACUCAACGAGUGAUCGAAUAACGGCCUUGCGUCGAAUCACUGAAAGAAAUCGUGACGGUAAAACUCCGUUCGACAUAGCCAUAGAGAAAGGUCAAUUGAAAUGUGUUAAACAUAUCGUUUUAUCUUCUUGGCUAGAAGCAAAUAUUGACAUGCGAGAAUUGAUUGAUGCUGUUUCAAUGAAAAAUGCGAUCGAUCAAGAACAGUUAGAUAUUUUAACAUUUUUUGUUUCGCAACCCAAACGUUUUGCUUACAUUAUUCAUCUAUUAGUCAAUGUUAAUGGUCGAUAUUUUAAUUUGUUAGAAUAUGCAAUUCUAUUGAAGAAAAAAGAUAUCGUUCGGUUAUUUAUCAGCGUUCGUAUUCCAAUUGAACAAUAUAACUUCCGUUAUCAAUACAAACAGUUCUUAAAACAUUAUAAUGAACCAUUUGCGCAGAAUAAUGCGUCACCUUUUUAUCAAACACCUAUACAACGUAUGUUAACAACACCUGAAUGUGUUCCAUUAGUCCCAUUGAUAUUAGAACAGUUUGUUAGCAAUCACGGAAUUGAUUUAUCGAUUGUUGAUGAUUGUUUGUAUGCACGGCCGACGAAAAUGCGAUGUAUUUUCGGACGAACGAAACAUUUUUCAACAGAUAAUUGGCUUCAACAGCAUCCACUAACUCUCAUUGCAAAGGCAGAUUGCAAAGAUGUAUACGAUCACCGUUUAGUUCGCUUAUGCGUCGAUUUAAAAUUUAACUUAUUCGGCAAUUUUCUCUAUCUACUUAUUCUUUGCUGUCAAUCAACGUAUGUCGCGCUGUACACAGGCAUCGCAUUAGGUUCGCCAACGCCAUCGGAUCAAGGUACAAAUUAUUAUCAAAUGGUCAAUUAUUCAUGUUACGAUCUAUGCAUCACAUUGGCCAACGAUCCGAACAAUCCAGCAACGGAUAAUUCCGCACUUCGUGCACUAAGAUUAAUAUUAUUGGUUCUAUCCGGCUUUGCGCUAUUGAAAGAACUUUUUCAAAUCUUAACACAGCGCGAAAAGUAUUUCCGACGGUUUUAUAUCAAUUUAAUCGAAUUACAUAUGUAUGUCAGCGCAAUAAUCUACUCCGUUGAUGUCAAUGAAUGUACACGUCAAACGGGUAUUCGUUGUUCUGCUCAAUGGAUGGCUGGUGGCAUUGGUUUGUUAUCCGUGUGGACAUCGUUAUUAUUAGUUGUGAUGAAUGGGAUUAAAUUCGGUAAACAUGGUUUGUUAUUUAUAACUGUCUUUGUUACAUUUCUGAAAUUCAUUGCCGUGUACUUCAUGAUAUGGAUUGGCUAUAUCUUGGCAUUCUAUAUGCUUUGCAAAGAUAUUCUCGAGCAGUUUCGAUUCUUUAAUUUCAUACCGAAACUGUUAGUCAUGUUCAUUGGAGAAUACGAUUUGGGAGGAACGUUUUUUCCCAAUAAUAAACUCAUGCCCGGCGCUGAAGGUGCUUUGAUACUUUACAGCGCAUACAUAUUCACCAUGUUUAUUGUUAUGAUGAAUAUUAUGGGUGGCUUGGCUGUUGCUGAUGUCAAAGAGUAUCGUUUGAAUGCAAAACGGGAACAUUUACGGGCGCGUAUUGGUGUUGUACUAGGAUUUCAAGCUCGAUUAGGUGGAUUUUGCGAAACCGUUGGUACAAUCAUUCGGCAGCUAUCACGAAAUCUUCGUUUUAUGAGUGUUUGGGAAAAGCUGAAUCUUAUUCCAUUGAAAUAUCAUCUACGUCGAUUGGAAAUUCGUUCAAAUCCUAUCAAUAUUCCACAUAAUCUUAACCCAACGUACUUCUCUUCGUUGACACCUUUGACACGCCGUGACGGUGUGACUUUGCCUCAGUCGGUUUCCUCAACAUCAACAGCAACUAUGGGAGUAUUUGAACAAGUGUAUACGGAAACAGGAUAUUAUUAUCAUCAUGACACUACACGUGACGAAAGUCUUUUCAACGAAGAAGAAAAUACACGUCUGAUACGCAAGACUGAAGAAAUCCGUGAUGUUAUCGAAGAGUCAGGUACGCGUACGUAUAACGAAAUGAGAAAAAUGGCAUUGAGCUUACAAAAUGAACUGGAAGAUAUCAAACGAAGACUAACUCAACAAUAA